UGAACAAAGGUAUCAUGUUAUUACCAAACUAUGAUUAUUUUGAGCAAAUUACUUUGUUACCUUUCCUAGACUCUAACACUUUGAAUAUGUUUUAAUUCACUGGUAUCCUUUUUAAGUAAGGCUUCUCAGAGCUGAAUUCAGACUUCAACAUGAUCUAGCCAUUGCAAAGCGAUGUCAUGGAAGGUUCCUUAUUCUGGACCUCCACUUCUAUCAAGAAAACUAUGUGAAGCAACAUUCUUUGGAUUCUGAAAGACAUCAUUUCAUCAUGGGACAACAAAUUUCGGAUCAGACCCAGUUGGUUAUUAGCAAGUUACCAGAGAAAGUAGCAAAACACGUCACAUUGGUUCGAGAAAGUGGCUCCUUAACAUACGAAGAAUUUCUUGGGAGAGUAGCUGAGCUUAACGAUGUAACUGCUAAAGUGGCUUCUGGCCAGGAAAAACAUCUUCUCUUUGAGGUGCAACCUGGGUCUGAUUCCUCUGCCUUUUGGAAAGUGGUUGUACGGGUGGUGUGUACCAAGAUUAACAAAAGUAGUGGCAUUGUGGAAGCAUCACGCAUCAUGAAUUUGUACCAGUUCCUUCAGCUUUAUAAAGACAUCACAAGCCAAGCAGUGAGUGUGCUGGCCCAGAGAUCCGCCUCUCCAGAACCCGAGGAAGAUUCAUCCUCUGGAGCGUCUUGUCAGGCCAGUUUUUGGAUGGGAAGGGUCAAGCAGCUGACCGAUGAGGAGGAGUGUUGCAUCUGCAUGGAUGGGCGAGCUGACCUCAUCCUGCCAUGUGCUCACAGCUUUUGUCAGAAAUGCAUUGAUAAAUGGAGUGAUCGACACAGGAAUUGCCCUAUCUGUCGGCUACAGAUGACUGGAGCAAAUGAGUCUUGGGUGGUGUCGGAUGCGCCCACUGAAGAUGAUAUGGCUAACUACAUACUGAACAUGGCCGAUGAGGCCGGCCAGCCGCACCGGCCGUGAGCCCCGGGAAGAGCUGCUGCUGCGGGCCACGCACUUCGACCACGGACGAAAACUGCUGUGGCACAGAUAAACAAUAAGUUUCUCUACCUUCCUAUUUUUGCUAUACUCACACGAUGCCCCAUGUUUUUAAUAUAAACUAUCCAUGUCUUCCACUGAUCAUAAGCUAAAAUUUGCUGUUUCAGACCAUGUUUCCCUAUUUAUUUGUUUUAGAGUGCAUUAGAACUAAUUGCUCUUGAGUCCUUUGCUAGCCAAUAACAGCAAUAUUUCCAGAGGCUUUUGAUCACACUGCGGUUUUUCAGG